UGAGCGUGUCCGUCUUUGUGAGGCGAGACUAGUCCCACCCUUGCAUGUGUCAUGCCCACCAUUCACCCUUGUGUGUGCAAUGCUAGCGCAUGUGUCAUUCUCAUCCAACCCAUCCUUGUGCACCGUCAGUGUUUAGGGGUAUUAUGCAAGCAGGAAGGGUGGGUAAGCAUGAUGUUAGACAUUAUAUUAAAUUUAUAUUUAUUUAUAAACAUAAAUGAGAUGGUCUAAAGAGGUCUUGUAUUCAACCCCUCCAACCAUUUUAUUUCUUCUCUAGUCAAAUAUUAUAUUAAAUUUGUUUUUAAAUACUAACCGAAAGUUUUGAGUUAAAUGGUGUCUUGUAAGAGAUUGGGGUGGGCAUGGUGUAUGCAAGAUGGGUGGGUUGGUGAGAGACUGGGUGCGCGCAAAAAGAGUCAGGUUGGUGGCCAGAUGAGGGUAUGGAGGGACGAGCACAAGGGAUGCUGCGCGGGCAUACUAAAGUUAUUUCAGCAUAUAAACAAGUAUAUAUAUAUAUAUGAUACGAUAUGUGCGCGAGGACUCUAGGAGGAUAACAACAUCGUCACUAUGUCAUAUGUAACUAUUACAGUGAAAUCAUAUAUAUUUAUAAAGAGUUUUCAUAUAUAUACCUUUAUAAAACGGCCAGUAAUAGCCCAAAGCUUGAUUUACUCUGGCACUAAAUACACAACAGCAACUUUUGCAACAGCCAUGUGCAAUAUUCUUCCUGCCUUUGCAUUUCUAAUGGCUUGGAUUUGUAGAAUGGAGAAGGUGAAUAUUAGAAGCUUAAGAAGCCAAGCAAAGAUUUUAGGGACUUUAGUAACAGUUGGAGGAGCUAUGAUGAUGACACUUUUAAAAGGACCUUUAUUGAGUUUGCCUUGGACCAACCAAAAUAAUUUAAAUCCUCAUUCUUAUUCUACUCUUCCAAAUAAACAACAACCUGUUAAAGCUGCCAUUGUUAUCACCAUUUCAAGUAUUUGCUCCUCAGCUUUCACCAUUCUUCUGGCACAUACAAUAAGAACAUAUCCAGCUGAGCUCACAUUAACAACAUUCAUAUGCUUGGCUGGAGCUGUUGAAAGUACUAUUUUAGCCUUAGCAUUUGAAUGGGACAAUCCAUCUGCAUGGGUUUUACAUGCAGAUUCCAUACUCUUAGCUGCCCUCUAUGGUGGCAUAAUAUCGUCCGGGAUUGCUUAUUAUCUUCAAGGAGUGGUGGUGAAGUUAAAAGGACCCGUGUUUGUAACUGCAUUCAAUCCUCUUAGUAUGGUUAUAGUUGCUAUAAUUAGUUCGUUCAUAUUUGCCGAGACAUUGCGCUUAGGAAGGGUUGUUGGUGCAGCUGUGAUAAUUAUAGGCCUUUACUUGGUAUUGUGGGGCAAAAGCAAAGAUAAAUUUCAAUUAAAAAAUGGAAAUAAUGAUGAUGAUGAUGAUAAUAAUGAAGAAUUGCCAACUUCAAUCCAAAACUCAAGAACCACAAAACAGCAGUUGAAGCCUUUAGAUUCAACAAUAAGCCAUUAAGUAAUGGUGUCUUCCAAAAUGGAGAAACAAUUGAAAUUAUACAUUGCAACUUUUUUGAUCAUUUGUGUAAUUGUAUAACAGCAAAGAUAAACAAAGUAUCACAUAUUAAUUAUUGUUCCAUAAACCCAAUUACAAUAAUCUAUUAAUUAAUUUACCUUAUUAUUCAA